AUGCCGACCCUUCGCUUUUCUUUACAACUAGACGAGUAUAAGCCGGCUCCCGACACCACCGCCGAGCCUCGCCCAACUGACGUCGCCGCUGAAUGCAAGCCGACCUGGGCUCUCCACGAGUAUCUGGAAAGUGCAUUCAUCAGUACAUCGACACCGGAGAAAUGGCAAGACGAUGCAGAUACUGACGAGAAAGCCUGCGCUUCUUGCGAAAAAUUCACAACUUCCGGCCAGUACCGCUGCCCAACUUGCAAGACUACGUACUGUGACGAAGUGUGCCGGUAUAAUGUUCCCACUGAACACGAACGAAUUUGCGCGAGAUUUGCCGAAUUCAGCAAGACGCAACGGCCCUCAGAACACCAUUACCGCGCGUUGUUUCUUCCCUGCACCGACGAGCCUCAAUUCGUCUGGCUCAAAGUCACAUUUGACGAUUCCAUCGGGAAACUCCACAUCGAAACAGACCGCCAGGAAGCAUUCGACUAUGUCAAGGAAAUGAAGCUCCCCGCCGCCUCGUGGACUUUCAACAAUGAAUGGAGGCAACCCAUUACCCCUUACGGAGUCGACCUAAUCACUUUCAACGCCAACGAAAACGCCGUUAGACAAGAGAAAUGGCUUAAUCAUAGCCUAUUGGGCUUUGCACCGCCUGGCCACGUUGGGCUUGUGUCUGGUCCAGCAUUUCUCAUUUCGUACGACGUUGGCGAUCCGUCAGGAGUAACUGAAAUCGGUGUGAGCAGCAUCACCGCAGGCAACGAGAAGAACGACGAUGUUGGUGGGGAAGCUGACGAAGGGGAUGAGGGCGCAGAAGACAAAGAAAAUGAGAACGAAGGCGAGCGGAACGAGGCCAAGAGUGGCAAGCCGAAAUCCAAAGGAGGCUCAGCCAGAAAAAGAAAGGGCAAGGGCAAGGGCAAGAAGAAGAAGCGCGCACCCAGAACCAAGCGCACAGUUGAUGUCGAAAACGCCGGCAAAGAGAUCGCCUAG